AUGAGUUCAGGAACAAACCAAGACCCAAAAGCCUUAGUUGUACUAUUAUUUCCUGGAUUAACAGUGGCUAUCAAGAAAAGGUCCAGAGUUCCUGGGGUUAUGAUUACUCAGUAUGUGGAGCAACUCCCAGCAGGAAAGUCAACACCUGACUUUACCCGGAAGCCAAUGGCUACGACUGUUCAAGAGGGUAAAAAAGCUUUUUUCAAAGCUAUGGUUAGUGGAGAGCCACUACCAACUGUGACAUGGGGGCGUAAUAAGGGCCAGGUUGAUGACCCAGAAAAGUACAAAACAAGAUUUGAGGAAAGAGCUCAGGAGCACAUUCUUGAGGUACACGGCGUAAAACCAGAUCAAGCUGACACCUACAAAUGCUUUGCCACCAAUGAGUAUGGACAGGCUGUCUGCACUGCAACUCUCAAUGUUAUUGGAGUUGGCUUAAAGAAGAAAGGCCAGGAAGCAAAUGCACAAGCUCCACAGGAUUUCAGAUCAAUGCUUAAGAAAACUGUUGUUGUCACCAGAAAAAAACAACUCCCACCAAAAAAAGAAGGAGAAAUUGAUCCUAAGCUCUGGGAACUGCUUAUUUGUGCACCAAAGAAGGACUAUGAAAAAAUUUGUUUUGACUUUGGUGUUACUGACUUCCGCUGGAUGCUGAAGAGACUCAGCCAGAUGAAAAAGGAAAGGCAAGAUGAGCAGGCAAAGGUUGUAGAGAAACUGGACAAUGUGAAACAAAUAGAAGUAACACCCAGUGGGAGAGCUGAAUUUAGCAUGGACAUGGCAAUGUGGGAUCCCAACAGUGCAAUUAACCUAUUCAAGGAUGGGAAAAUGGUUCCAUAUAGUGACGAUGAAAAUUCAAAGCAUAGCCUUAAGAAAACAGGGACAAAGUAUGUUUUCAGCAUCAAAGAUCCUCAGCCAGAAGAUGCUGGAUUUUACCAGGUUGAUGUUGAAGAUGCAAAUGUCCUUACAACUGACUUUCAAGUGCCUGCUGUGGAGUUCAUAGCCAAGAUUAAAGAUGUGAAGGCUUUUGAAAAUGAGGAUGCCACCUUUCAGUGUGUGUUGUCAACACCCCUCAACCGAAUUACCUGGUCAAAACAGGACUCAUCACUUGAACAUGGGGACAAAUAUGAGAUCACUGUCUCAGAGGACAAACUAAUUCACACAUUGAGAGUUAAAGGCUGUGAAAUGGUAGAUAAAGGAGCAUAUUAUGCCAUUGCUGGCAUAGCUUCCAGCAGUGCCUCUCUCACAGUGGAAGUUGAUCCAAAUGGUGGUAAAGGCCGUAGAGGCACCCAGUCUGGGGAUCAAGAUGACCUGAUCAAACUAGCUUUGGAACAGCAGGCCAAGCUUCAAAAACAGAAAGACGACAUGGACGCAGCUAGACGAGCACAGGCUGAAAAGGACGCAGCAGGUGCAGGGGAUGGAGGAGAUGGAAGAGAUGGUUCUGGUGAUGGUUCUGGUAAUGGUUCUGGUGAUGGGUCUGGUGAUGGGUCUGGUGAUGGGUCUGGUGAUGGGUCUGGUCGCAAGACUGAUGGAGAUGACGAUGAUGGAGAUGGCAAGAAUAAGAACCUCCUGACAGAUGGAGAUGACGGAAAUGAUGCAGAUGAUAAGAAAAAGAAGCGACAGCGAACUGGCCCUUUGGUUCCUGACACUGUUACUGAUCGUGGUGUUCAGUUUGUAAGUGGGCUGUCAGAUACUCUUGCUAAUGUUGGUGAACGGGCAGAGCUGUCUUGCAAACUAAGCAGUGAGACCUCUGUGGGAUGUUGGUAUAAAAAUGGGAAGCUGUUAACCAGUGAGGACGGGGUAACAAUUAUCAAAGAUGGAGCCUGUCACAGGUUGAUAAUUGAUUGCUGUAAAAAAGAUGAUGGAGCUGUGUACCGCUUUGAAGCUGAAGGCCGUAAAUCAGAAGCAACUCUUAAUAUUCAAGACCCACCAAAAAUCGAUGCUGACGCACUAGGAAAAUUCACAAAGCCAGUCAUUAUAAAGGCAGGUGAAAAUGCUGAAUGGAAGCUGCCUUUCUCAGGUGGGGCACCAAUGAAUAUACAGUGGUACAAGGAUGAUGACGAGCUUUUGCCCGGCCUCAAUGUGAAGAUUGAAACAUCAGCUACUGAAAGCAGACUACGGCUUACUAAGUGCCAAAGGAAAGAUAGUGGAGAGGUCAAAAUCAAAAUAAAAAAUGAAUUUGGUACUACAGAGGCAAUUUCCAAACUUAUUGUACUGGACAAACCCACACCGCCACAAGGACCUGUGGACAUUAUGGAAAGUGCUGUAACAUCUGUUGAGUUCAAAUGGAAACCACCAAAAGAUAGUGGUGGAUGCCCGGUCACAAAUUACAUUGUGGAACGCCAACAAGUAGGCCGCAAUAAAUGGUCAAAUCUCGGUGAGAUCCCUGGCAACAACCCGAGUUACAAAGAUUCAGAUGUGGACCCUGGAAGGAGAUACUGCUACCGGAUCAGAGCCAAGAAUGCUGAAGGCAUUAGUGAUUACCUGCAGACAGAGGACAUAUCAGCUGGUGUAUUACGUUAUCCUGGACCCCCAACAGCACCUAAAGUAGUCAGUGCAUUUAAAGACUGCAUCAAUUUGACAUGGGCUCCUCCAUGUGAUACUGGAGGAACCAAAAUAGUGGGAUACAACUUGGAAAAGAACAAGAAAGGCACUAAUUACUGGAGCCUUGUUAACCAAGGAGGGCCUAUUGCAGAUACAAAGUAUGCAGUGAAAGAUGUUUUUGAAGGGGCAGCAUAUGAAUUCAGGGUGUCUGCAAUCAACCUAUCUGGUGCUGGAGAUCCUAGUAUUCCAUGUGACACAGUAAUCGCAAGAGAUCCAAUGAAACCCCCAGGCAAAGUCACAGGCCUGAAGUUAACAUCCUCCAAUUACACCACAUUUUCACUGGCUUGGACUAAACCUAAAGAAAUGAAGGGGAUAGAGGAUGAAGCCCUGGGGUACUAUGUGGAGAUCAGACCAAUAGAAAGCCUUGAAUGGACCCGCUGUAAUGCCAUCCCAAUUACUUUAACUUCCUACACCGUGCUUGGCUUAAAGGCAAUGGCCACAUACUGGGUGAGAGUAAUUGCCACCAAUUAUGGAGGUGAUGGAGAACCUCAGGGCUUUGACAAUUACAUCAUUGCCAUGCCUCCUCCUGUAAAGCCAAAGUUUAAAGAUCGCAACAUGAAGACCUUUGUGGUGGUAAAAUCUGGAAACACGGUCCGUCUGAACAUCAACUUUGAGGCCUGCCCUCUGCCAGAAAUCUCUUGGCUAAAAGAUGGUGUUCUGGUGCCCAAACAUGUAACAAUUACCAACUCUGAUAAAGGUUCUCAACUGUUAAUCCCUACAUCUGAACGCUCUGACACUGGGAUCUACACCAUUACUGUCAAGAACAUUGUCGGCCAGGAGAGCUUCAAUAUUGAAAUCAGGGUUACAGAUGACCCCAAGCCUCCAGGUCCAGUGGAGCUGGAUCAGAACAUCCCAGGAACAGUGACUCUGUCCUGGACUUCUUCUCCAGACGAGAAGAGGGAUGACAGACUACACUACUUGGUAUCCAAGCGGGACUCCUUCAAACGCACUUGGAGAACAGUGGCCGACAACCUCUUUAACAAUAAGUUCACAGUUGUCAACAUUUUGCCUGGACGGGAGUAUAACUUCAGGGUAUUUGCUAAAAACGAUAUGGGUCUUUCUCCACCUUCUGAGUCCCCUAUGUUUGAAACCAAAAAGGAUAAAGAAAAGUUCAAAGUAAACAUGCCAGAGACAAAAUCCUUGGACUUCCAGUCACCUCCUUCAUUUAUCGUUCCACUAAAGAGGCGUACAGCUCCACUGGGUUACGAGUGCAACAUGAGCUGCGCAGUUAAGGGUGAUCCGGCUCCGCGUGUGACAUGGUACCGCAACAAUAUCAGUCUGAACACAAACACCAACUACCACAUCACCAAUGUAUGUGGAGUCUGCUCUAUGCUCAUCCUAAGGGUGGGACCCAAAGACAACGGGGAAUACAAAGUCGUCAUUGAGAACAAACUUGGGACAGCGGAGUCCUCAAUGACGCUGAAUGUCAGAGGUAUUAAACAGAAUCGUACAUUUUUCUGCAAAGACACUGAUGUGUAA